GGCUGGUGGGCCCGGGCUCCGGCGUGACGGGGCGGGAAGCACCGGAUGCGGUGUGCGAGGGAGCCGGAGUGGGCGGCUUCACAGCCCCUCGGCCGAGCCGGACCCACGGGGGCGUUAGCACGACUGGCCUCCACUUUGCCUGGAAGGGGAGCCGCAGCGCCUUCCCGAGCCUGUUGGUGGGAGAGGGGUUCUCCGCCUCACCCGAGCCAAAGUAAGAGGGGUGAGGAGACUUUUAGUUGGGGAAACCCACUUCUUUUUACAAUUACUGAACCCUGGGAAGGAGUUGCAACUAAUGAGAGUGUCAUCAGACUAGACGUCCUACCCCAGAAUCGGCGGCGCUUAGUUCCGUGCCCGGGGCGGGUUCUUCCCGUUUGGGGACCAGCGUGUGGAGCUGCCGCCAGCGCCUGCGGAGGUGCGGAUCGUGCUGCCCAGCAGGAAAAGGUGUACCUUUCUAGAGCCACCCUCUUGCACUCUUGAACGUUAUGAAAAAACUGAGGGCCAGAGGUGUUAAAAAUGAUUUCCUCAUGCCAGUAACAGACAGUGGAUCAGGAUGGCAGGAGCAGUUUGAUGCCAGAGCCCUUCCUCUUUAAAAGCCAAGAGAAUAUUUUGGAGAGGAUGUGUCAGAGAGCUAACAACUGAUGAGGCUGGACCAAAACCGCAGAAGAAGAAAAGAUGUGGAGUGGGCUGCUACCUCCUGGCCUAAAUGAAAGUGAUGUUGAGUUGAAUUCUGAAGAUGAAGCCACAUUAGAGAAUUCUGGACUUAACUUACGGGAAGGUAAAGAAGGUGGGGCCAUUAUAAAAACAGAGAUCUCAGAUUGUCCUGCGGAUGGACCCAAAACUGAAGCAGACACAAAUGUAAAUGCCUAUGAAGAGUGUCCCUCUGGAAUUUCCUUAAAUAUGUGGAAGAAAUUUCAAGAAUUGCAUAAAAAACAUUCUGAACAGAAAACCGCAAACUCAAGAUUCAGAAGGAAAAAAAGAAAACGCUCCAGAAAAGGUAAAUUGAAGAAUGAAGAGGAAUCUCAUAGUGAACAGACCUCAAGUGAAACCCAGUGGAAGGAGCUUACUCAGUAUUUUGGAGUCAAUGAUAGAUUUGAACCACCUGUUAAAAAGAAAAAAGUUGACAAGUCAGGCCUUGAAAAGCGUAUAGACCAGGCUGUGGACGACUGGGACAUUGAGAAGGCUGAGGAGCUCAGCAACCAGCUAGCUACUCGAGAGCUUGGUGUAAAAAUUGCCAAAGCGGUUGCCUGCCACAACUUUGUAAAAGCCAAAAAGGAUGCUGAAAAUUCACAGGCUGUUCGAAAGAAGAAGAAACUGGCAUGGGGAUUUGAAGCAAAGAAGAGAUGGGAAACCAAAAGCAACAUGGGAUAUAUGUAACUUGUUAGUUCUUCAAGACAUACAAAUCUUUACUUGCAUUUUUUCCUUGACUGCUCAAUUGCUUGAUUUACUAUGAUUUUCUUGCUUAUGUUAACAAUGCCAGGAAAUUGAUAGAAGUAGAAAAAAUAAGCAUAAAAUUUAGGAGUUGAUUUUCAAACCUUUUCAGUCUUUUUCUAAAGAGUUUAUUCUAUUGAAGUGAAUGAAAUGGAGCAUUCUAUUACUUGUACAAGAAAUCUAAGCAUACUUGCGGAAAAAAAGAGAUAGGAUUUUAUUUAUUUAUUUACAUAGGACUCCAGUAUAAAAUUGAUUUUACUUUUCAUCUAUUUGGUGUAGCAUAGCCAAUGAGCUCCUUAUAUUUUCUUAUCUGUACUCAGUGUAAAUGUACUUAUUCUGGAAUUAUGUUUUUAAGAUAGACAUCUGUUUAUUAUGCAUUAGUCAUGAGCGCAAGAAAGUCUUGAUUGAUACUGUACUUACAACUGACUAAUUAUCUUAUUGUUAGAAAAGUAAUUAUUGGUUCCUUAUUAGAAGCAGUAGAGUUGAUAUUUCACAAUCAAAUAAUAAAAGCAAUCCAUUAAUUUUUGUAUCUCUCC